AGCACCUUUUGGCUAAGACGCAUUGCUUCGAUUUUGAUCGAUUUUGUUCUGUGGCCAUGUCCGGCGUAAUGGCGAUGCCUGUGGCGGCCGUCCGGGCCGCACCCGUGCAGGCUGCGCCAGUGGCACGUGGCAGCGCUGCUCCUGCACCCACUCUCAAGACAUCCUCGAGCGUGGCUGUGAUGGGGUUGGCGGCCACUGCGGUCACGGCCGCUGCGGCCCGCCGCAGCGGCCGGGCCCGAAACGGCUUGGCUCAAGGCUUGCAUGGCAAGCAGCAGGUGAAGCGGUCUUUGAGCAGCGCAAAGGUCGUGGUUUGUGCUGGUGUCAACUUCCCGGAGGGUCGCAAGCUUCGCGUGGCUGUGGUUGGAGGAGGUCCUGCAGGUGCCAGUGCCGCAGAUCAGUUGGCCAAAGAUGGUGUCGAGACUUUCCUCAUUGAGCGGAAGAUGGACAACUGUAAGCCCUGCGGCGGAGCCAUUCCUUUGUGCAUGAUUGAUGAGUUUGACUUGCCAAAGGACAUCGUUGACCGCCAAGUGAGGAAGAUGACCAUGAUCUCCCCGACAAACAAAGAGGUCCAGAUUGGGCAGACUCUGAAGGACGAUGAGUUCAUUGGCAUGGUUCGCCGAGAAGUCCUGGACGACUUCCUGCGGCAGCGUGCCAAGACCAAUGGUGCCACUUUGAUCAACGGACUCUUUCUGGGCAUGACCUUGCCUGAGAAGAAGGGUGACUCCUACGUGUUGACCUACAACGACUAUGCCGGUGAGGAGGGAAAUGCCCGCAAGGGAGAGAAGAAGACCCUGGAGGUCGACGUGGUCAUUGGCGCAGAUGGUGCCAAUAGUCGAGUUGCCAAGGACAUUGAAGCUGGCGAUUAUGAGUAUGCCAUCGCGUUCCAAGAGCGCAUGACAAUCCCUGAUAACAAGAUGGAAUACUACAAGGACAGGGCCGAGAUGUAUGUGGGUGAGGAUGUGUCCCCUGAUUUCUAUGCCUGGGUGUUUCCCAAGUGUGACCAUGUAGCAGUUGGCACUGGCACCGUGGUGGACAAGAAGGGUAUCCAAAGAUAUCAGCAGGGCAUUCGUGAUCGAGCUGCCCCGCGCAUCGAGGGUGGCAAGAUCAUUCGAGUGGAGGCUCAUCCAAUCCCAGAGCAUCCUCGCCCUUGGCGCGUGAAGGACCGUGCCAUCCUGGUGGGUGAUGCCGCAGGCUAUGUGACCAAGUGCUCCGGAGAAGGCAUCUACUUCGCCGCAAAGAGUGGGCGCAUGUGCGCGGAGACCAUCGUCAAGAACUCCAUGCAAGGCGUUCGCAUGAUCGACGAAGCUGACCUCAUGGAGCACUUGCGCGAAUGGGACAGCCGGUAUGGUCCAACCUACCUAGUGUUGGAUUUGCUUCAGAAGGUCUUUUAUACCAGCGAUGCUGCUCGAGAGAGCUUCGUGGAACUGUGCGAGGAGGAGUACGUGCAGAAAGUCACCUUUGACUCUUACCUGUACAAGACCGUCCAGGGAAACGACCCUGUGGGAGACUUGAAGUUGGGCUGGAAGACGCUCAGCUCCUUGUACAAGUACAACAAUCAGAAAACCCCUGAUCCUAUGCGAACAUUGGCCUGAGCAGUUUUGUACUCUGCAUGGAGGGUCAUCCAAAGUAUGUAGCUUUGUAGCUGCGCAGAGUGACCCAUCCAUGCAUGCUCUUGUGCCUGGCCCUUAGGCCUCAUACAACGACAGGGCACCGUUACAUACCUUUACUAUGUUGUUGUUUUUCAUUCCUUG